GAGAGCAGCAGCAGUGCAGGGAGAGAGGUAUUUAUAGCCUAAAGCGAGGCUGCAGCACUGAGAUAAGGCUUGGGACCAAGCCGCAGGCAGACAGACAGACAGACAGGGCUUAGGGAAAAGAGGACACGUCAAAAUGAAGCCGUUCACCACGGUAGUUUUAUUCGGGGCCGCGGUGGUCGCGCUGGUCAGCGCCGCCGGUACCGAGGGGGAGAUCUCCUUCGAGUACCACCGCUAUGAGGAGCUGCGGAAGGCGCUGGUGUCGGUGUGGCUGCAGUGUCCGACCAUCACCCGCAUCUACACCAUCGGGGAGAGCUUCGAGGGCCGCGAGCUGCUGGUGCUGGAGAUGUCCGACAACCCCGGGACGCACGAGCCUGGGGAGCCUGAGUUUAAGUACAUCGCCAACAUGCACGGCAACGAGGCCGUGGGCAGAGAGCUGCUCAUCUACCUGGCUCAGUACCUGUGCAACCAGUACCAGCAAGGCAACGAGACCAUCAUCGACCUCGUCCACAACACCCGCAUCCACUUGAUGCCCUCCAUGAACCCAGACGGCUUCGAGAAGGCAGCAUCACAGCCUGGAGAGAUCAAGGACUGGUUUGUCGGCCGCAGUAACGCGCAGGGCGUGGAUCUGAACCGCAACUUCCCAGACCUGGACCGCAUCAUAUACAUCAAUGAGCGUGAGGGCGGAGCCAACAACCACCUGCUGCAAAACAUGAAGAAGGCUGUGGAUGAAAACACCAAGCUGGCUCCAGAGACCAAGGCAGUGAUCCACUGGAUCAUGGACAUCCCCUUCGUGCUCUCAGCUAACCUGCAUGGAGGAGACGUGGUGGCUAACUACCCAUAUGAUGAGACUCGCACUGGCUCCACCCAUGAGUACAGUGCCAGUCCUGAUGACAUGAUGUUCAAGUCUCUGGCGAAGGCCUACUCCAUUUACAACCCAGUCAUGUCCAACUCUAACCGACCCCCCUGCCGUAAGAACGAUGAUGACUCCAGCUUCAAAGAUGGCAUCACUAACGGAGGGGCGUGGUACAGCGUGCCGGGGGGAAUGCAGGAUUUCAACUACCUCAGCAGCAACUGUUUUGAGAUCACUCUGGAGCUCAGCUGUGACAAGUUCCCCAAUGAGGACACACUCAAGACCUACUGGGAGCAGAACCGCAACUCACUGGUUAACUACAUUGAGCAGGUUCACCGUGGUGUAAAGGGCUUCGUACGUGACCUCCAGGGCAACCCUAUUUCCAACGCCACUAUUUCUGUGGAGGGCAUCGACCAUGACAUCACCACAGCCAAAGACGGAGACUACUGGCGCCUUCUGGCUCCAGGAAACUACAAAGUGGCGGCCUCUGCCCCGGGAUACCUGACCGUCAUCAAAAAGGUGGCUGUUCCCUACAGCCCUGCAACCAGGGUGGACUUUGAGCUGGAGUCUCUGAUGGAGAGGAAGGAGGAAGAGCGGGAGGAGCUGAUGGACUGGUGGAAGAUGAUGUCAGAGACACUGAACUUCUAAGGCGUUUUGUGUGGCUGAUGAUCAGACCGUCCGCACAUCGAUGUAAUAUAUUCAACAUUCUGUGUGCCCGUCCACUCUGAAAAAGAAUAUACUGUCUCUUUAUGUAUUUUGUUCUCUUUCGAUCAUUAUUUUAAUUGAUUAUUACUGUUUAUUAAUGUAAUAAUUUGCCUCAAACUCCUGUAGAAUAUCCUGCAGACACAUAAUACUGAUGGACACGGAGGGAUUUUGCAGGUAGUUUGAUGGCAGUGAGAUCGGUGUGUGAUUU